AUCCGUCGACGGAUGACCAUAACCGACAUGGUCAUCGUAGAAAAACCCAAAAUCCUCUUCUCCGUCUCUCUGUUUCGCUGGUAUUCAAUCCGUGAGCUUCAGUCCAGCGGUCUCUCUCUCCCUCUCUCUCACGCACAGAAACAUAAACAUUGCCUAUUCUCUCUCUCGCAAUUUCACCUUUGAGAGCUAUCAACAUUCAACAAUCACCAAUGGGUUACGAAAACGAUCCGUACCGAGACGAAGAUGGAGAGCCAUUGAUGGACUACGACGAAGUCCAAUCCGAAGACGAACACCAAGUAGAUCCCAACCCCAACCUCCUUGAUGACAACCUCGACGACGACGAUUGGGGAAGACAACAACGAGAGGACCGGUCUCCAACCCCGGUAUUCAACGAGUCCGAUUCGAAAUCGAAGCCCCGGAAAAGGUUGAUCAAGAAAAGCUCAACAAGUUUUGAUAAUAAUUCCAAUUUUGAUGACGAUUACAAUGAUGAUGUGGUGGGGCUUGUGAGGGAUGAUUCGGACGGUGAUGUUGCGACCUCGUCUGGAGGUGGAAAGAGGAAGAAGCUUGGGAAGGAUGGUGGUGGGAAGAAGAGAGAAAAGAAGUUGAAGUCGAAGCAUGGCGGUGAGAAGACUCUUCAGACAAGGAGGAGUGGAGGGUACUCAGGAGGGCGGUCCAGGGAUCAGGAAGGUGAUGCGGAGGUCAAGGAGAUGUGGGACACGAUUGCUGGUGGCGAUUCUGAGGAUGAUCAAGAAGGUCCUAGGACAUUGGCUGAUGAUAACUUCAUAGAUGACAGUGGUGUGGAUCCUGCUGAUCUGUAUGAAAUUAACAAUGAACCGCACUCCCCUGGUGAUGCUCCUGAGGCGGAAGAGGGUGAAGAGGAUGACGAAAUCAAGCAGCUCUUCAAGAUGGGCAAAAAAAAGAAGAAGAAUGAGAAAAGUGCUGCAGAAAUCGCAUUGCUAGUAGAAAGUGUCAUGGCUGAGCUUGAAUUUGUUGCCGAAGAAGAUGCAGAACUGAAUAGACAGUCAAAACCCGCCAUUAAUAAGCUCAAAAAGCUGCCUCUUCUCACAGAGGUCCUUUCAAAGAAACAGCUUCAACAAGAAUUCUUAGAUCAUGGAGUAUUGGCACUUCUGAAGACCUGGCUUGAACCCCUUCCAGAUGGAAGCUUACCCAACAUAAACAUCCGUGCUGCUGUAUUGAAGAUCUUGACUGAUUUUCCAAUUGAUUUAGAGCAGUAUGAUAGAAGAGAACAAUUGAAGAAGAGUGGUCUUGGGAAGGUCAUAAUGUUUUUGUCAAAGUCUGAUGAGGAGACCACAGCUAACAGAAGAAUGGCUAAGGAUUUGGUUGAUAAAUGGAGUCGACCCAUAUUCAAUAAGAGCACAAGGUUUGAGGACAUGCGAAACUUUGAUGAUGAGAGAGUUCCCUUCCGGAGGCCAUCUGUGAAGAAGCCAAUGAAUAAAGCAGCAGGAAUGGAAUCCCGAGAUGAUGAUCUUGAUUUGGCUGGAUUUUCGCAGGAAUCAAAAUCUGGUCAAUCGUCCAGACAACAUGCCUCCAGACCUGAAGCAAUGCCCAUGGAUUUUCUGGUGCGCCCUCAGUCUAAGAUUGAUCCAGAUGAAAUUAGGGCCCGAGCUAGACAAGUUGUGCAAGAUCAACGCCGGCUGAAGUAGGUUUGUUGGCAGCAACUUGAGAAAAAUAAAGGCUCUAUAAAACUGCUGUGGGCUUCAAAUAUUAUGUGAAGUUUGAUUGUACGUUGUUUGGUUGUUGAGAAUUAAUAUAACUACGAAAAGAAAGGGAAUUGAUAGAAAAAAAUAUCAUUACGACUAUGUGUUGUUGUAUUUGACACUUUUCUAGUUGAAUAUAUGUUUGUGUAAUAUGUACAGACAUAUAUUGAAAGAAGUUAUUUGUGUAUAUGUGUACUUAUGGUUGUGUGCGCAUUUAUGUAGCAUCCUUAUAAGCCUAAUUGCCUGUUAUAUAGAAAAUAACUUAAAUAUUCAAGUACUCGAUAAGGUAUACCCGAAUUUGUGACGUUUAUGUGUAUGUCAAAAAUUGAUCUAAGGUCUUUGAACCCUUUUGCAAUUAUGGAUUUGAUAUUUAGUUCGAGUUUUGUUAGAGGCUAAAU